AUGUUGUCCAUAACUGGAACUGAAGCGAUGUUUGCUGAUAUUGGACACUUUGGAAGACUUCCAAUUCAGCUAGCCUUGACAUUUUUUGUUUAUCCAAUUUUGAUUAUAUCUUAUCUUGGGCAAGGUGCUUAUCUAAUUGAACACCCAGAAGAUGUAAGGAAUCCCUUCUUUUUAUCCAUUCCAGGUGGCAGCAAUAGUGGUAUAUUUUGGGUAGUAUUUGUUCUAGCAACAUUAAGCACUAUAAUUGCUAGUCAAGCGCUAAUUCUAGGUGUUUUCAGUAUACUUUCUCAGUUGAUUAAAUUGGACUGUUUUCCAACGUUUAGAAUAUUGCAUGUGUCCAAGCAUUGUCGUGGUAAAGUCUAUAUUCCAACCAUUAACUGGAUAUUAAUGAUAGGAGUUUGUUGUACUACAGCAGGUUUUAAAACCAGUAAUAACGUUACGUCUGCUUAUGGGUUAGGUAUUGCGUUUGAUUUGAUUGUAACAAGUACCUUGGUUUCAAUUUGUAUGGUCUACGUAUACAAUUGGAAUAUCAUCAUUCCUGUAUGUUUUGUGUUGAUAUUCGUGCCGUUAGAAGCUGUGUUGGUCAUUUCAAAUCUAAAGAAAAUAAUGCAUGGGGCAUGGUUUCCAAUUAUGAUGGCGAGUCUUUUCAUGAUAUUCUUUUCGUUUUGGAGAUGGGCAAGGUCAAAAGCGGUAGAACAAAACUUCAAUACAAGAACAAGAAUCAGUGACUUAUAUCCUUCAUUUAGAAAGGUCCCAGAAAACAAAACAGUUGACUUAUCUCAUAAACCCGAGGAUGAAAGUUGGAUGGAUCUAGGUGGAGAAGUACUUGAAUAUGGCAUAGAGCUUCCAAAAGUACUCAACUCGAACCAUAAUAAAUUGGAUGUCAGAUCUAAAUUUGGCUCUACUACAUUGCAAAGACACAAAGGUGUUGGGAUAAUGUAUUGUGAAUCAUCUAUUCAUAUACUUCAAUCGCCAAAUACGGUGCCUCAGAUAUAUCGCAAAUUGGUUUCAUCCUUUGCAUCGAUUCCAUCUGUUUUUAUUUUCUGUUCAAUUAGGAUUUUGCCAAUCCCGGAUGUACCAAACAGUGAAAGAGUUUUAAUUGGAUCGAUGAAAAUUCCUGGUCAUUAUCGAUGUAUUAUAAGGUUUGGUUUCAUGGAGGAAAUUUUAAUCAAUUCUGAUCUAAAUAAUACAAUACUAUCUGCGAUUCCAGAUGUCCAGGCCUUAAUUAAGAGUGAUGAAACCAUCCCAGGUAUAAACAAGGUAGAUGACAUUCCAAUAUUACACAUAUUUGAAAACAAUGCAAUCAGAUCACAUACAUAUUCUGAGGAACAAUUCAAAACGAAAAAUCCUUUCUUUUUAGCAGCCAGAUAUAUUAGAAGGGUUUUGAUAAAUCAAAUCUACAGUCCCCUUAGUUCUAUCACUGAAUACAACGAUAAAUUAGUCAGUAUUGUGGAUGAAGAUAAUGAAACUGAAAAGAAAUUGCUUAUUGGAGAAGUUAUCAGAAUAUAG